UCGGGAAGAAUAGCCGUUUCCAGCAUCGGUCAUCUGAGUCUCACGCCGGCGUUCAAUAUAACUCCGUUUUCCCCUAUAAACACACAUACAUAUAUGCUCCUAUCUUUGAUGGGAUUUGAGGAGGAUAAAUCGUCGUGAGUUUCGUGCCCGGGUGUGUUUGUGAGACGAGGCUGCAGGUUUCCUCCAGGAUGUCGUACCCCCCUCCCAUGAACCGGCCUCAGAUGGGCCUCCCCCAGCUGCCCCCCAGGAUACCCCCCCCACAGUUCGGAGGCUUCGCCCCGCCUGUCCCGCCAGGUACUCCCAUGAUCCCGGUCCAUAUGGGCGUAGUGUCUCCUGCUCCCACAGUCCUGGUCCCGACCUCCGUCUCCGUAGUGCAGAAGCCCAUGCUGUUGAAGAAGGAGCCCGGGGGCCUCAGGGUCAAGGACGACGACAGCGGGGGCCCCACCACCACCGUGUUCGUGGGGAACAUCUCUGAAAAGGCGUCGGACAUGUUGGUCCGGCAGCUUCUAGCGAAAUGUGGUAUUGUUCUCAGCUGGAAGAGAGUCCAAGGCGCCUCUGGGAAGCUUCAAGCGUUUGGGUUCUGUGAGUACAAGGAACCCGAGUCCACCCUGCGGGCCCUGCGACUGCUGCAUGAGCUGCUGCUCGGGGACAAGAAGCUGCUGGUGAAAGUGGACGCCAAGACCAAGGCCCAGCUGGACGAGUGGAAGGCCAAGAAGAGGAGCUCCAACGGGGAAACCACUGACGGGUCUAAAGAUGAAGACGAGGAGGAGGUUCUGGACGAGGACACCCUGCGUCGGGACCAGGUGGCCAAGGGUGCGAUCGACGUCCUGAUCCGAGAGUACGCUAGCGAGCUCAACGCGCCGUCGCAGGACCCUGACAGUCAGCCGCGCAACAAGAAACGCAAAGAGAAGAAGGAGGAGGAGGAUAUCAAUGCCAUGGAGAUGGAAGAUGACAAGCGAGACCUGAUAUCCAGAGAGAUCAGUAAAUUCAGGGACACGCACAAGAAACUGGAGGAGGAGAAAGGGAAGAAGGAGAAGGAGCGUCUGGAGCUGGAGAGGGAGCGGCGGGAGCGCGACAAGGAGCGCGAGCGCGAGAGGGAGCGCCGCGACCGCGAGAAGGAGAAGGAGCGGGAGAGGGAGCGGGACAAGGAGCGGGAGAGGGACCGCGACCGGGAACGAGAGCGGGAGCGGGAACGAGAGAGGACAAAGGAGAGGGAGAGGGAGAGAGAGAGGGAGAGGACGAAAGAGCGGGAGAGGAGUCUGGACACCAGCGAAGCUCGCAGCAGGUCCAGGGAAAGGACUCGAGAUGAUAAAAAACGAGACCGCGAUGAGGACGAGGAAGACGUGUACGAGCGACGGAGACUGGAGCGGAGGCUGAGAGACAAGGAGGCCGCUUACCAAGAACGCCUGAAAAACUGGGAGAUCAGAGAGAGGAAGAAAACCCGCGACUACAAUAAAGAAAACGAGAGGGAGGAGGAGCGGAGGCGUGAGAUGAUGAAAGAAGCCAAGCGGCUGAAAGAGUUCCUGGAGGACUACGACGACGACAGAGACGACCCCAAAUACUACAGCCCUCCUCUCCUCGUCCUCAGGGGCAGCGCCUUUCAGAAGCGGCUCCGCGACCGCGAGAAGGAGAUCGAGCUGGACGAGCGGGACAGGAAGAGGGAGAAGGAGGAGCUGGAGGAGAUCAGACAGAGACUGCUGGCCGAGGGCCACCCCGACCCCGACGCCGAGCUGCAGAGGAUGGAGGAGGAGGCGGAGCGUAAGCGGCAGCCCCCCCUGAAGCUGGAUUCAGAGGAGACCGCCAGCCAGGAAAAAGCUCACAGGGAUCGGGAUCGAGACCGGGAGCGAGAUCGGGAGCGAGACCGAGACCGGGACCGGGAACGGGAAAGAGAGCGGGACCGGGAGCGCGAACGAGAGCGUGAACGGGAGCGCGAGCGGGAACGGGACCGGGAGCGUGAGCGCGAGCGGGAACGGGACCGGGAACGAGAGAAGAGGGGCUCCGAGAGGCCGAUCGAGCCGGCGCCGCCCGUCCCCCCGCAGCACUCGGACGACGACGUGGAGGAGGGCGAGGACGACGACUACCACGACCACGAGGACCUGCCGGAGGUCAAGCCGCAGCCCAAACCCGUCAUGCGACCGAUCACCACGGCCCCCUCGGUGUCCUCGGCCAGCGGCAACGCCACGCCCAACACGCCCGGCAACGACUCGCCCUGCGGCAUCAUCAUUCCCGGGGAAAACACUCCUGACCUGGCGCCGCUGGAGGAGCACCGGCCCAAGAUCGGCCUCAGCCUCAAGCUAGGCGCCACCAACAGUCCCAGUCAGCUCAGCGCCGGGAAGCGGAAGAAGCUCGCCGCCGUGGACAGCGUUUUCAACAAGUUUGACGACGACGAGGCCGACGAGCAGCCGCGUAAACGGAAGCUGGUGCCGCUGGACUACGGCGACGACGACAAGAGCCUGGGGCUCGACGGGGCCGACAUCUCCGCCGCCAAAGGCAGCAUCAACUCGGAGGAGAAGCGCAAGCACAUAAAGAGCCUGAUCGAGAAGAUCCCCACGGGCCGGCCGGAGCUCUUCUCCUACCCCCUGGACUGGGCCAUGGUGGACUCGAUUCUGAUGGAUCGGCGCAUCAGGCCAUGGAUCAAUAAGAAGAUUAUUGAAUACAUCGGGGAGGAGGAACCCACGCUGGUUGACUUUGUCUGUUCUAAGGUAAUGGCACACAGCACCCCUCAGGGCAUUCUAGACGACGUCGCAAUGGUCCUUGAUGAAGAGGCAGAAGUCUUCAUCGUAAAAAUGUGGAGGCUGUUGAUAUAUGAAACAGAAGCCAAGAAGAUCGGAUUGGUCAAGUAGAGACAAAAUCACUCACUCCAUGAAUGACUUUGAGCUUUGGCUUCGCCGGCUAAAGCUCCAGCUAGAGUUCUCUUGUCCAGCAGACUGUAAACGUGCCCAAACAUCCCUCCAUGUCCAUCAGCGAGGAGCUGCUGCCUUCUGUGUGUUUGUACAAGAAGAUCUUAACUGUGAACAGAAAGGGUUUGUGCAACCAUGCUGCAUGGGUUGUGUUCUUCCUCAGUUUGUCGAUGUCAUUGCAUUUUCACACACAACUUUUUCUCUGAAUCAACGGACACAUUCUGCUUUGAUUUCCUGGUGUUUUGUGGAGGCACUGUUCUGACGUGUGAACUAAUAAACAUGCUUUUUUUAAAAAAAGAA